CUCACCACCAUAUAUUCCGAGAAACUUGUCGUCUGAAUGACUUUAAAGUACUCAAUCAAUUUUUUUUUCCUUCACUAUUUGUAAGAUGUCUCGUGGUAACCAACGUGAAGUCGAUCGUGUUCGUAAUGCAAAAAAGCAACAAGCUGCUAAAAAGAAGCAAGACGGGAAUCCCGCUAAGCGUCUGGAAGCUCAGGCUGAAAUCAUGAGAGCAAAACAACGUGCUGCUGAUGAGCGGAAGGCAGCUUCUUCUUCUAAAAAGUAAAUUCCUAGAACAAACGUUCCUAGAUUAAAUGAAUUUUGUGAAAUUAAUAGAUCGUUUCAACCUAUGAAAUCUACCUCUUUUACUUGAAGUAUGUCUUAUAUUUUCAUAGGUUAAUUCGUAAAAAAUUUGUUGCUUCGUAUUUCUCGUGUACAUUAAUAUUAUAAACACUGAACUCUCCGUCACCGA